AUGUUUUCAAUUAUAUUAAUAACUAUUCCGUCCUUAGUGGCAGAUAGGAUUGACAACAAACCAUGGAAGGGAGAAGAAUUAGUGACUACAUUAUACCGGAGGACACCAUUACCAAUAUGGCGGAGAACACCGCCACCAAUAUUUCCUAACAGAGAUAAAAAUAAUUCAGUGGAAAUACCGAUAUGGCGGAGAACGCCGCCACCACUAUUUCCUAACAGAGGAAAAAAUACAACAGUGCAAAUACCAAUAUGGAGGAGGACACCACCACCAAUGUUUCCAAUCAGUGAUAAAAAUAGUUCAGUGGAAAUACCAAUAUGGCGGAGAACACCACCACCAAUAUUUCCUGGCAGAGAUGUAAACAACUCAAGGGAGCUUCAACGCUUAGAUAAAUUAAGCAAUCAGUCGAUGAAUAAAGCUGAUGUAGGGGAAAGAUUACUUAAGAAAUGGAUUGUAAAGGAUAUCUAUCAUCUGAACAAAACAGACUCAGCAAGAAAACGUGAAAUAAAAAAUAUGGGGCGUUGGAUUCUACGUUGGGAUCUUUGGGACGAAAAGUUCAAAUCUGGAAAACAUAAUCGAACAGAUUACUUGAUGUAUUCAAGAUGGCGAUUUUUAUACGAACCUCCUAUUUCAAACAUUAUCGAUUUUUUCAAAAAUUUAUAA